GGUACGAUCGGCCAGAGUGGAACAAUUCUUCUCAAACGCUCAAACAGUUUAUAGAUUUGUCAACUGAACAAUUGGGCCAAACGUACCUUGUGUUGUGAUAGCUAACAAAUCAAACUCGUGCGUAACAGAAUCAUUCUAACUUUGGCACAGAGAUGGAGUUGUCGGAUAUAUCCUUCCCCAUAGCGUCUGCAGAUGACUUUUAUGAUGACCCGUGUUUCAAUACCAAUGACAUGCAUUUUUUCGAGGACCUGGACCCAAGGCUGGUUCAUGUGGGCUUGCUUAAGGGAGACGACCAUCACAUCGAGGACGAGCACGUACGGGCGCCAAGCGGACAUCACCAGGCGGGCAGGUGCUUGCUCUGGGCUUGCAAAGCCUGCAAAAGGAAAACCACCAACGCCGAUCGCAGAAAGGCGGCCACCAUGCGUGAGAGGAGACGCCUCAGCAAAGUAAAUGACGCGUUCGAGACACUGAAGAGGUGCACUUCUACCAACCCUAACCAAAGGCUUCCGAAAGUGGAGAUUCUCAGAAAUGCCAUCAGCUACAUCGAAUCCCUCCAGGCUCUUCUAAGGGGUCAGGAUGAAAAUUACUAUCCCGUUCUGGAGCACUACAACGGCGACUCGGACGCAUCCAGUCCCAGAUCCAACUGCUCCGAUGGAAUGAUGGAUUUCAGUGGUCCCACAUGCACGUCCCGGAGGAGAAACUAUGACAGCUCUUACUUUGCAGAAACACAAAAUGAUAACCGAAACAGUAAGAAUUCCGUAGUGUCCAGUCUUGACUGCUUGUCCAGCAUUGUGGAGAGAAUCUCGACAGAGACACCCGCAUGUCCCAUGCUGUCGGUUCAGGAAGGAUCCGAGGGAAGUCCCUGCUCUUCCCAGGAAGGCUCUAUCCUCAGCGAGAUAGGAGCGUCCGUGCCAUCCCCCACUAACUGCGGCCAGCCACCCCAGGACCCCAUCUACCAAAAUCUUUGAAGAUUUGAUGAAGAACUUCGCCACAGUAGCGACGACAAAGGCAGUGGAAUGAACUGCACAUUUCUGAAAUGAUCGCGACCACGAGGAGAACAAACGGACUGUAGUGUUUAGCUCUAAAGCUGUGUAUGCAGAGUGAAGAAAACGAAUGCAAACGAAUGCAUUCUCUUUUCGUCUGUAAGAAACGGUGAUGGUGUUCAAGCGACUGGAGGGAAUUGCAGUUUCUUAAAUAGGCAUUUCAAAGAAUUUCAAUGUGACCAUUAAUAUAAGACUGUUUUUGUACAUAUUUUCCUUCACCAGUUUAUAUGAAUAUAUAUUUUCUUUCCUGACUUUUCAUGAGAAAAUAGCCAUUUUGAAUAUAGGCUAUAAUAAAUUUAGAGGACCAGUUUUGUAUAUGUGUACAUGUAAAUAAGAAUUGUUAAAAAGCAUCAAACAAACAAAACUAGCAUAUUUAAUUGUUGCCUGUUUGGGACGCUUAGUUAUUUGUGUCAGAUUGUUAUACUUUAUAUUUAUACAUCUUAAAAUGUUGUC